UGGUCAAAUUACAAACACUGCUGCUCUCAGUGUUGUAUGAGUUUCGUUGCAUGUUCAAUUCUCAGGAAAGCUUGUUUUGCUUGAAUUCGUUCAUUACAAAACAGAGAUCAUUCCUUGAAAAGGAGGAUUGAAUCAUGCUUCGUAGCCUGGACUCGGCAAUAUUUUUGGUGGCGUUUUCUUCCUUAAUUUAUUGUUCAUUCGCACGUCAUUUGCAAUUCCAUUUGAGUGGCUAUGAGUGUUUCUACCAAGAUAUCCUCGAGAAAACCGAAUGUUCCCUCGAAUUUGCGCCCAUAACGGGGAACGACCCGAAGGUAGACGUCACUCUAGAAGACCCAAGUGGCAAUGUCAUUUACAGAGUCGAUAAAAAGGACUACGACCUCCACAAAUUCACCACAACAAUGAACGGAACAUACCAAGUCUGCUUUAGCAAUGUAUACGACUUCACAAUCGGUGAAAACUUGGUGUAUUUCGAUUUUAUUGCUGGUGUCGAAGACGAAUUUGGUACUAUUGGAACUGCAGGCGAAACUGGACCCGCAAGUAAAGCCUUGACGCAGCUAGAGACUUCCCUGUCGACCAUCCAUGAAAACAUGAACCUCAUCGAACGCUAUCAGAACUAUUACAGACUAAGAGAAGCAAACGGACGUAUAGCAGCCGAAAGCCUAAAUAGCAAAGUUCAAUGGUGGUCUAUUGGGCAGUCAAUAAUCGUCGUUGCUGUUGGCAUUUCUCAAGUUUUUAUGCUUCGAAGAUUUUUCACCGUAUCAAAAGGAGAACUUUGAGUAAUGUCGUGAGAACAUAUGUUGUUAUAUUCUAGUCGAAAAAUAUAUAAUCCAAUGCUGAUAUCUCUGGUUGUAUUUAUUACAUUAUAACUAAUUAUUUUACUAAAAAAGAGGAACAAAAUAUCAGCAAAAUAAUAGAAA